AUGAGCGGCUCCUUCAUGAGAAACUCCACCAUCCGCCGCCUCAUACGCACCCACACGAUCACCAACAUCACAGACUCAGCAGCAGGAGCAACAACAACAGCUUAUUCGAUUCUCAGACAACAACAAGAACAGACAAGAAGAGCUUACUUUGGUUUCCCAAAAUUUUUUAAGAGAUCAAGAGAAUGCAAUCAUGAACUCUUUCCUUCUUCUUUUUUGUCUUCUUUCUCUUCAAAGCCUGAAACUGCUGCGUUUUCCAAAAUUGGGUUGGUUGGUUGGUACCUGGGGAUGAUUAAGUCACGACCUGUUUUAACUAAAAGUGUCACUUCUGCUCUUAUUUACAUAGCUGCUGACUUGUCGUCUCAGACAAUAUCACUGCCAAGUUCAGAACCUUAUGAUCUGGUGAGGACCUGGCGCAUGGCUGGAUAUGGGUUGCUGAUUUUAGGACCAUCAUUGCAUUUUUGGUUCAACUUUGUGUCGAAACUCCUUCCUAAACGAGAUCUAAUCACAACAUUUAAGAAGAUUAUCAUGGGUCAGACCAUCUAUGGACCUAUCAUGACUGUUGUUUUUUUCUCAACGAAUGCACGCCUGCAGGGUGAGAACAUUGCAGAGAUCAUUGCCCGGUUAAAGCGAGAUCUAUUGCCUACAAUGAUAAAUGGCCUUAUGUACUGGCCUGUUUGUGAUUUUGUCACAUUCAGAUUCAUUCCCGUCCAUUUACAGGGAAACCUCAAUUGUGAAAGAAUAUGGCUCACUUCAGCAUCAGACAUGCAAAUUGUCACCAAUAAUAACUCAAACCCAAGUGACCCUUCUAUCAAGGAGAUGACUUCUGGAUAA